AUGAGUCAAGAUACCAAAUACUGGUUGGGUGGUAAGGGCGUAGGGUCGGGGCAAUUGCCUGAAGAGGAAGGAGUCCAGAUGAAUGGUGGCCCUGGCUGCUCCUCCUUUGAAGGUUUGCUGCAAGAGAAUGCAUUUGAAGCUGCUCAGUGGGUCCUGGGAUCAGGUCAAACCAACAGUGAAUCAAUAGAGCUAGACCAGCCUCUCCUUCAUCCUUUCAGUGCAGCAACCUGUAGGCUUGGAACAGGAUUUUCCCAAGGUGUCCCAAAUGCACAGAAUGAGGAUGAUGUUACUGCUCGACUCAUCAGCUUCAUGCAGCAGAUCCUUGAGCUCUUUUUGGAACAAGUCAAAGGCAAAAUGCAACUGUAUCUAAAGGGUGAAAAUGCAUAUUGA